UCCUCAUCACCCAUUUUUUUCUCACAGGUAAUUCGGAGUCUCCUACAAGACAAAGGAUGAGCUUCCAGAAUCAAGGGGCUAGCUUAUCUUUCUCUGCAGACCCCCCUGCGAAGCUGAAGCGUAGGCGUCCAUGGGAGGACGGGAGUGUUCAAGGGGGCAACACACCUGCAACACCCGAAACUGACAAUCUGAACAGAAACAAGCGAAGUAUGUGGAUAGGUAACCCUGCCUCUACUGACAUGUUAGGUCAGAUGGUUUCUGGUGUCGUAGAAGGAUCAUUUGAUGCCGGGUAUCUUCUUAAUGUUAAGGUAGCUGAUACCAAUCUACAUCUCAGAGGUGUUGUUUUUCUACCGGGGCUAGUUGCUCCUGUUACUGGUGCAAACGAUGUGGCUCCACAUGCUAAGAUGUACAAAAGAAAAGAUAUUCCUAUUCCGUUUGUAAACAUUCAAGGUCGUCUCCAUGUUGUGAGUCCUCCAUCGGGGAAAAGUGAGAAGCCCAUCGAGCGAAAAAAUGGCGCAUCUAACAUUUCAAACCAAGGUCUACAUACUGGGCUUCAGCCUGGUUUCUCGGUUGUUAGUGAGAGCCAAUCUGCCUCUGUUCUCGUUCCUCCAGCUAGUAACUUGCCAAUAAAUGAAACUGUUCUAUCCCUAGGACAAAGGGUCAUGCAAGAACAAAUCUUUGAUUCUCGAUUGCAUAUGAGAAAGCUGUCGGACUGCAUCUGUCACUGCAGCGAUUUGAAGGGCCAAAUGCUAAUGUAGAAGCUCCUAAAGCAUCCGAGCUUGUGUCUGCAAAUGUUGCUACUACUUUGUCAGCUACUGAGGCUAUAAAAGCCACGAGUCCUGAUCUUAAGCCAAAGAAAUUGGUUCAUGAUGAUGUGAAACGUCUUGGUGUUGAUAGCAAGAGUCCCGGAGUUUUUGAACCCGAACUUCAAACUAUGGCUUGUGACACCGGGAUCAACAAGCUUGACAAAAAGGCUUCAUCAAGGCAAGAUAUUGAUAUUUCGAGGAUACUCGAUUGGAGCUUGCUCAGAAGAUUAAAAAUGGAGCUAACACGUCUCGCAUGGAUGGUUUAUCUGCAAGCGACGAUAUUACAACUACGGCAACAGCUCCUUUUUCUGCAUCCAUGACCAGCCUACCAAUAAUGAUAUUCGGGGAAGAAACUACUCCGCUUGAACCCGAGUCUGCUGCUGAAGAAUUCGUUCUUCCGACAAUAGUUGUCCCAGAAGUUAACAGUUCCACAAUGACUGCCGAAACUUACAGUGUGGAGUCUAAUGCCAAAGAUGCCAUUCCAACACCACAUGCAUGGUUUUGGAGUUCUGGAAAUUAAAGGCGGAAACAGGAUGAGCAUGAAAGAUAGAGUAGAUUAGGGUUGAAAGCAAAUGCUUAAUUUAGAUAAGCACUCUGUCUAAUUUGGAUUUAUUUGUGAUGGAUACUCUCUGCAUUUUACA